GUGUUUUUCUUUGACUACAUCCUUACAAUCAGGGAGGAGAUCUCCCUCUUUUGGAACAGCAAGCUCACUCUCGCCGCCGCACUCUUUUUCGCCAACCGAUAUCUCUCGAUAAUCACGCUUGUGUACGACAUAACUCUUAACUUUGUCCCUACUCCCACUGUCAAGGUCAGAUUAUGUCAAGUAAAGUGUUUACUAUGGCCUAUCUUCUAA